AUGGAGCAGCAGCAGCAGCUGGUGGAACCAAUGGACAAGGAUAUGGAGUUCAGGGCGGCCAAACAAAUGGACAGCAAACGAAAGGCAACGGCUACGGUGCGCAAGCUGGCGGAUACGGCAGUCAAGGAACUAAAGGCAAUGGAUAUGGAGUUCAGGCCGGCCAAACAAAUGGACAGCAAACGAAAGGCAACGGCUACGGUGCGCAAGCUGGUGGAUACGGCAGUCAAGGAACUAAAGGCAAUGGCUAUGGAGCAGCAGCAGCUGGUGGAACCAAUGGACAAGGUGGAAAACCACAGGGAUAUGGAGUUCAGGCCGGCCAAACAAAUGGACAGCAAACGAAAGGCAACGGCUACGGUGCGCAAGCUGGCGGAUACGGCAGUCAAGGAACUAAAGGCAAUGGAUAUGGAGUUCAGGCCGGCCAAACAAAUGGACAGCUACGGUGCGCAAGCUGGCGGAUACGGCAGUCAAGGAACUAAAGGCAAUGGUUAUGGAGCACCAAAUGGAAACAGAGGCUAUUUGAAUGGUCAUAAUGCUGGAGCUGGUGUUCUAGGUGGGAAUGGAGCUAAACCCAAUGGUCAAGGAGCCACAGCUGGCCCAUACAACGGAAAUGGGGCAAGACCAAAUGGACACGGAGCAGCUGGAACUAAACCUAUGAAAGGAUAUGGACGACCACAUUAUGGCGCAGGUGUGGGGAUGGGAGCCCCCAGAGGUGUGGGAGUACCUCAGCUUGCCAGAAACCAAGCAUAUGGUGGAAAUGGUUAUAAUGGUUAUGGAGCUCAACCCAUGGGAGGCUACAAUGGCGGUUAUGGCAGAGCUGGUUUGGGUCUGGGUGCCCGGUAUGGGAAUGGAGGAAUGAAGGGACCAAAGUCUGGCUAUGGUGCUGCAGCUGGUUUGGCCAAUGGACAAGGUGCAAAACCCAAUGGCUAUGGUGCUGUAGCUGGUGUACCUAAUGGAAAUGGGGCUAAAACCAAUGGCUAUGGUGCUGCAGCUGGUUUGGCCAAUGGACAAGGUGCAAAACCCAAUGGUUAUGGCAAUAUUCCAAAUGGGUAUGGCGCCAGACCCAACGGAUAUGGAGCCACCAGAGGUGCUAUGAGACCCCAACCAGGUUAUGGAAAUGGAGCGGCUCACAAUGGAUAUGGAGCUAAACCUAAUGGUCAAGGAGUUAGAAAUGGUGCUGCACUCGGUGGAUAUGGAAGUAAACCCAACGGAGGAUACGGCUCAAAACCACAAACUGGCAAAGGAGUUGGAGUAAUGUCGCCCAGUGAGGGUACCGAAACACUCGGCACUGGAUAUGGUGGUCCAGCUGGUGUGCCUAACGGACAGAUGGCUAAAGCAGCUAAUACUGGCUAUGGCAUGAUGCCAAAUGGGAAGGGUACAAAGAGUGCAGGUGCAUCCUAUGAAAAGGGCCUUAAAGGUGGAGUUUACUCUCCUGAGCAGCCGAGUGCAACACCAGAGGAGGUUGUUGCACCUCCACAAGCAAUAACUCAAGGUGCAGCACCAGUUUCCCCCGAGCCGACGAGUGGUUUCCUUGUUAUGUUGACGCAAGAGAAAUAUCAGAAGCAGCCUUCACCUGUGACACAAGGAAAAAGCUACAAACAGACACCACUAAUCCCUCAGGCUACACCAGAAUCAGCACCAGUGAUUCCUCAAGGAAAAGGCCCAAAGUCUGCACCUGAACCAGCACCCAUGGGCCCACAGGGCAAGGGUCCGAAGAUGGUCACAUCCGGACCUGCACCAGUGGUUCCCCAGACUAACCCAGCACCACAGGUGGAAUCCGUCCUCCCUCAAGGUUAUAUGACUGGAAGUGCUUUGCCUGAGCAAAAAGGUGCAGAGGCAGAUGCUCUUUCUGUAGAGGGCCCCACUGAGGGGGAUGCUGCCCCUGAAAGCAGCGAACACCUGAAAACCAAAGCUGUUCCUGAAACAGUGGCAGCUAAAAACACAGGGAGCAUCGUCCCUGAGGAAACACUGGCUGUCGGUGUGCCUGAGUUUGCACCAGAAGAAGCAAACAUCAAAAGUCAGCCUGAGUCAGGAUCUGUCAAAGGUGUCACUGGUGGAGAAACUGGUGCAACUGAGUACGGAGGAGGAGCUUCCAUCUCUAAGGGACAGGGAGCUAAAGCAACCAAACCUGGUUAUGGAGCAGGAGCUGGUGUUCCAAACAGUUAUGGUGCUAAACCCAACGGACACGCUGCCAGUGCAGGGGGGUAUCCGAAUGGAGGUGGAGCUAAAGCAAACGAACCAGGUCAUGGCGUAGGAGGCUAUGCUGACCCACGACGCAGCAAUGGACAUGGCCUUGGAUAUCCUCAUGCAGAGAAACCUAAGCAACCUGGUUACGGACAAGGGGCGUACCUCGGAGCUGGAUAUGGAAAUUCAUAUGGAGGGAAUGGAAAUGGAAAUGCCUACAGUGCUGGUGUACAACCUGACUACGCAAGUUUCGGCCAAGGUGAACCCACUGCUUAUGGAAAAUCAGGUAUGAUAUGUGUGGCAAGUGGUGCCAGAGAGAUGCCUUACAAUGGAGCUCCGUUGGUUCCUGGUGGACAAGAUGGAAUGAGCCAGUUUGAGCCACAGUCCGCUGGCCUUGGUCCAAAUGGAAAAUUGGGCAGCACGUAUGGUGGAAUGGGUGGCUCGCCUUUUGGUGUUCAGACCAUGGGAAUGAGUCCAGAAAAAUCAAACACCAAGUACGGUUAUGGAGGAAGCCCCUAUGGGCCUGCUGGGGAUGCCAAAUCAUUUGGAAAAUAUGGAUAUGGUGAGUUCCCCAACGGUGGGCAGCUUCUUGGUCUCGGCAGUAAUGGAAAUCCAGCCGGCAAAUAUGGUUAUGGAAGAAUGUCUUAUGAAGCUCAACCAGCUGGACUAAACCCUGAAGUCAUGUCUACUGGCGAAUAUGGUUUGGCUGGCUCACCAUAUCAGCCUGAAACUCUUGGACUUGGACAGCACGAAAAAUUAACAGGCAAAUACGGUGGUGGUGAAGUUCCCUAUGCACCAGAAACUCUUGGUUAUGGGAGUGAGGCUAAAUCUUUUGGGAAAUAUGAUGCAGCUGGUUUACCUUAUGAGCCCCUGCCACUUGAGCCAGUUUCAGCUGGAAAAUCUUACGUGAAUGAAGAUGUACCAACACCAGCAUUUGCAGUAGAAGGCGAUGGGAAGUCCAUUGAUAGAUACGAUAAUGUGGGCUAUAUAAAUGGACAAGUGCAGCCAGAAGUUGUUGCAUUUCCUACAACUCCCACUUCCGGCCCCACCCUGGCUUACCCCUCUGUCCCAUCCUAUCUGCCUGUGGAGUCCUUCACACCUGACGUGGUGCAUGAUGCAGGUGUUGAGGACCUGCCUGAACCCGCGGGCAGUGAAGGCCUCGCCCUCCACUCCGCACCCGCUACAGAAACGCAGGGCGUGGUGCAUGGGACUGAGCAACCUGAUGACCUGCUUCAUGAGCAGCAGCUGCCACGAGGAAAGAACAGUAAACAUGACUUGAAUGGCUUCUUUGGGAAUAGUGGCUAUCAAGGUUAA